AGCCCCCUUCAUUCAGUCUCUUGUAUUAAUUACAAAUUUCAUAGUGAUUAAGCUAUGUUUUUCCUGCUUAUUCCGGUUGUCUUGUACAUGUUAAUUAAAAAAUAUUUUUUCUCAAAAAGUCCAAAGAAGCUACUAAAGAAACAUGUUGUGGUAACGGGAGGUUCGAGUGGCAUCGGGAAAUCUGUUGGGAUUUUGGCCGCGAGUCGAGGUGCAAACGUCACAAUUAUUGCUAGGGAUGAAGACAAGCUAAAGCUGGCAGAAAGGGACAUAAAAAAGGCCUGCAUCGAUGAGAAUCAGCAAGUUAAAAUUUUCUCUCUGGAUGUUACGGAUAAUGUAGCAGUUACGAGAGUUUUCGAUCAAAUUGAGGAUUCCGGAGGUCCAAUUUAUAUGUUGAUCAAUUGUGCGGGAAAAUCGAUCUGUAGAACAUUGGAGGAUAUGAGUGUCGAUGACAUAACAUCCAUGCUGAAUUUAAAUGUGCUCGGCACUGUGUUUCCAACUCGUUGGGUGUUGCCAAAGUUUAAGGCGAGAAAAGAAGGAAUAAUUGUUAUUACGGCGUCGCAAGCGUCUCUAAUUGGUAUCUACGGUAUGUCUGUCUAUAGCGCCAGUAAAUUUGCCCUAAGAGGAUUCGCUGAAGCUAUUGACAUGGAGGCUCGUUUUCAUAAUGUUAGUGUUACCCUUUCACUGCCACCUGAUACAGAUACACCCGGGCUUCAUGCCGAAAACAUAGGAAAACCUGAAGAGACUUUGUUAAUAUCAGGAUGUGCCGGAUUGUUUCAGCCUGAUGUAGUGGCAGAAAGGUUACUGGAUGAUGCUUUAGAUAAAAAGUUCUUUAGCCAUAUUGGUUUUGAGAGCUUUGUUAGCACUACAUUGGGUGCAGGAAUGUCUCCAUGCUCUUCUAUUGCAGAAAUCCUCCUGCAACUAUUCUGUAUGGGACCACUUAGGCUUAUUGGUUUAGGAUAUUUAGCACACUUUCAUCGCAUAAUCCGUAGAGGCGUUGAGAAGUCAGAAAAACAAAAAUGAUUGUAGUGGUCCUCUUAGUUGUGCUGAACGAUUUUGUGUUGUUGAUCAGCAGUCAUGAACUAACAGAACAAUCCUUUUGGAACUAUUAAAUGAAGCACAGAUCUAACUUUUAUAUGCUGUAAAACUUACAUCAUAUUUUUCAAGAUCUCUCCUAAUUUACUAUUUCUUAAGCACAUUAUUUAAAAAAACUUCUUUGUAAUAGUUGACUCUUUGUUCCAAUUAAUAUAACAGGCCUGGCCAAACUGAUAUCAUUUUACAUUAUAAUUUAUAUAUAUUAAUAUAAGUACCCGUUUUUCCUUU